GUAGGAGCUCUUCUUCCCUUAUAGCUCUGUAUUCUUCUACUCCCUCUACUUCCUCUAUACAUAAAGACUAUCUUUGCCCAUUACCUUAGUUCUUCCUUCUCAGAGACUCAGAAAGAAUAAGAGAAGACUCAGGAUCCUACCCACCGCACCACCUCCCCAAGUUCCAAACUGAGGAGGUGAGGUGAGAUCUUGUCAUCCCCUAAGAGCCCAAACUGGUCCAAGAUGGUAAGAGAAGCCCCACUGCUGCUGUUUCUGCUGUUUCUGGAGAUCUCAGGUUCCAAGAAAGCAGAAACUAUUGAGGAGUACACAAAAGAGGAGGGGCAGACAUUGAAUGUAAACUGCUCAUAUCGGCCCUGGAACCUUAAGAGGGAGUUCAACGUGUGGUGUAAACUUCAAGAGAAUGGAAAGGAUUGUAACAAAUAUGUGUCCAUAAGAAAAAACUCAGUUUUCACUAAAGAAGGCAAAUUCUUCUUUAACAUGCUUGAUGAACCUAAGUCUGGCAAAAUCAUCAUCAUAAUGUCAGGGCUUAGGGUAAAGGACUCAGGACAUUACUUGUGUGUGGUCAUAGAGCAAAAUGCUGCCACUGUCCUCAAGAAAAUUCACCUAGAAGUGACUCCAGUACAGAGUACCACCAAAGGCGUUUCAAAUACUUCUAAGGUCCAUCAGACUACUGUGACCACCUACAGGAAGAAAAGAGAUCCAGGGAAUCCCAGUCUUUCAGAAAAAGAGAAAUUCAUCAUUUUGGGUAUGGCCCUUCCCUUCCUGCUUUUAUUGGGAGUCCUCAUUAUAGGAAUUGUGUAUAUCAAGAAACUCCACCAGAAAGUCAGGAAAGGUGACAACUUCCAAUACAUGUGUGAUAACUCUGAGUACAACAUGCAGAAACCUAGGGAUCCCAGCAUGGAGAUGGACAAUGGAGAGGAUCCUAGAGAUAUUCACUAUGCCUCACUGAACUAUAUUGGCCCCAGAGAAUCAAUGCACACCAACAUACUGAAGGGCUACAACUCUAAGACUAUGCAGAUCCCUCAUGAGUCUGUGGAAUAUGCCAGUAUCUUAAGGACUGGUUUUCAGCAUCCCAAAUCAAAUGCCCCAGUGGGCAGGGAGUGUUAGUCGUUUUUUAAGAGCUUAAUAAAAAUGUUCAUUGCUAAUAUGGAAA